UAUCGGACCCGAGCUCUUUGGGCGAAUUAACGACAUUGAAUUUGACAUUGGAAAGUUUGACAACAGCAGGUGGAAGAGACAAGAUGCCUUUCGUUUUAGGGGUCAACUUUCACGAGAAGAAGCUCGUCAAGAAAGCACUUGAGAGUUUCUACGCCCUAGGGCCCCAGACAUCAGCCCGCAUCAUGGCCAAGUACUGCAUACACCCGCUGGCCAAGCUCGGCACGCUUCCCGCAAAGACGGUUACAUCCCUGACAGCCGAACUAUCCACAAUGACCAUUGAGAAUGACGCACGGCGGCUGGUACAGGAGAACAUUAAGCGCUUGCGAGAUAUGGGAACAUACAGAGGACGAAGGCAUGCCAUGGGUCUGCCUGUACGUGGACAGAGGACGAGGAACCAGAUAUCUACGGCCCGCAAGCUCAAUGUGCUGGAGAGAGGUGGUGGAGAUCGCGUGAGGAACAGUUAAAGGUAUUCGGCGCCUUGUCAUAUUUAGGUAUUUGAACGAAUGGGUGCGGAUGUUAGGCAGGUGAGGAACGGGCCUAGUGAUAGUGACAAGGUAUGGCAAAAGGGGUAGAGCACCAGAAACCUACUACCACACACAUGGCCUAGAGAUGUUCCUUGCUGUAUAUGUAUCAUGAAUUGCGAAAUAGGAAACCGCUGUACAAUGAAAUGCUAAGGAUUAGCCAAAAUUAAUCACGACAUGCAAAUCCACAAAGGGG